GGUGUAACUGCAGUAUCUCUGGCGACGGUCCAUUACGCUGGGAAGCUAAGAAUGGAGAUGCCUUCACUUUCAACAUUGACUACAAGGAUGGAGCCCUGGUUAUCAGAAAGGAAGGCUACUACUUCAUCUACUCCAAAAUCUUUUACGGACAAAUUGAGUGCCAGGGACAAAAACGCAUGUUCAAGCACUACGUCAACAGGAAAACUGAAAGAUAUUCAGGAGAACUGGAGCUGAUGGAUAACAGGAAGUUCUACUGCAGUGGCGCCCAGAGGUCUUGGUUGGGUAACAGUUUCCUGGGAGGGAUUUUCCACCUGUUUGAAGGCGAUCAGAUCUACGUGACGGUGAACGAAAAGAGCCUCCUCCGACUGCAGGGGAGCACUGAAAACUUCUUCGGCGCAUAUCUGAUUUAACCCCCUCCUCUUCUCUCCUCCUCCCACUGGUGCAGUACCUUUUCAUACUAGCUUGCCAUGUGUUCCCCUUGUCUUUCGCGUUCUCAUUUCAAAGAGAAGGCUGUAAAGGGCUGGGGAGAUCAUAGGGACCUUUGUAAGCGCAGGCAGAAGCCUGCGCGAUCCAAUUUGAUGUUAAAAAAAAUAUUAAAAAAAUGAUGAGGGCCAUUAUAGGCGCUCCUGCAAAGAUGACUGUAAUCUGAUGUUACUUCUAAGUAGGAGUGAAUGUUUUGACUGGUGAUAGUUACUGUGUGCUGUGUCUAGUCACACAUGGUAAUGAACUUAUCCCCGCCUGCUGCCUCUUCACCAAACUCAAAAUGGGAUCUUAGUCCAAAUUAGUCUAGUCGAUGCCUAUAAGCCCAGAAGCAAUUAAGCAAUUAAACAGACAUAGGGAACUAGGCUACAAUGAAUUAUAUAGAACAGGGUUUACAUUUAAAGCUGAGGGAACACAAAGUCACUUUGUGGAUUGGAACUUGGUUUCAGAAGACUAGGUUUCAGGUCUCUG